UUUAAAAUUAUAGCCGUUACGGCCAAUAAUCAGACCACCCCACCCCCACUCCUCCCUCCUUCAAUUUCAAAAACUUGAAAUCCUACCUUUUUAACCCUGUUCUUGGCCGUACAGUGAAUUCACUCCCCUCUCUCUCUCUCUCUCUGCGAUUCAGGUCUCCAAACUCCAAAGGCUCAAGCUUUCAACUUCGUUUUCUUCUCCUUUCUCCACUACAUUUGGUCUGCCAGCGCUGAAAUUCAUUGUAUUCUUUGCCGAUUUCUGAUAAUUGUGGUGUACUCAUGGACGAUCAAACUCUUGCGACGAUUUUGGUAAAGUUUUGACCGUCUCCGUUGAGAAUUACGAGCCGCCGUUAAUUCACAAAGCCGGUUGGAGGUAAAGCAAUCUGCAGAAGGGACCCAAGAAGUUCCAGGACUCAUUGAAGCUCGUGUCUAUGGUACUGAUGAGCUUGUUGCGGGUGACUGUAGUGGGAGAAAAUUUAAUAAAUGGACAGAGGACAAGGAGCCACCUCUGGUUGGUAGACUGGGCAGGGAGUGAGAGGACAAGGAGCCACCUCUGGUUGGUAGACUGGGCAGGGAGUGAGAGGACAAGGAGCCACCUCUGGUUAAUAGAAUAUUUGGUGACACUGAGACGGGAUUCUCUUGAUGUCAAAGAAGAAGAUUACUAUACAUCUUUAUAUAAUGAGAGUCAAGCUCAAUUUAAUACAUAUGUUCGGGAAGGAACUGUGUCGAAUAACUACGCCCACAUUUUUUACCUCCUCACACGCCUGCGACAGGUGUCAAUGGCGGUUUGGCGCAAGACGAAACUAACAAAAAAGGCUCUAUUUCAAGUUGUUCUUUCAUAUUAGAAUUAUUAUCAUAACCUUAAUCCAUAACAAUAGAUCAGAG